GUGCUCGUCGUGGUCGUGGACUUUCCACGCGCACGACGCGAAGCCUUCUUCCACCCACACCGCGAGUGAGAGAGUCCCCCCGCACUCUUUCCUUCUUGUACAAAAUUUCCUCUUCCUUCCCGUUCGUGGUUGUUAUGUCGGCUGCUUGAAUAACACAAGUUGAACCGCCGCGUUCGUUUUCUUUCCCUCUCCGUCAAACUGGCCACUCGUUAGCGUGCGCAAAACAAAACCGAACCAAAAAAAAAAAAAAAAAAACGCCCGUUUUACGCUUCUUGGCCUUCGCGCGGUUAUUUCUUCGAUCGAUCUUUUUUUUUGUUGUUGUAUCACGCAACCGUAACCAAACCGAACCGGCACGGACACCACGCGUGGACUUUUUUCAGGAGGUACGAGCCGCAAUUUAGCGAGAGGCGUCGAAGCUUGCUCGCAAUGGAGCUGCAGGUGUCCCUCAGGGCAUCGUGGAUGGGCACCGGGAGGCUAAACGUGUGCAAAAAACGGAAGCGCUGUCUGUGGUGAGCGAGGACCAGCCCAUAUACGAGCCGCCCUACACCGCCGCCAUGCACAUGAAGACGGAGAUGACGUCGCCAGGCGGAUUCAAGCAGAGCCCCGAGCCCACCGAGCCCGACUGGCCGGCCGCCACCGCACAGAAGAGGAGCGAGCACGUCAAUGGAACCAACCACGAGUCCCCGGUGGAUUGCAGCGUCACCAAGCGCUCCCGGCACAUGAGCAAUGACGGCGUCCCGAUGGCGUACCAGCCCUCGUACCCGGAGCCCCGCGUCAGCCCGCCGAACGUCACCCCUCCCAGCAUUACCAACACGGAGGAGAAGCGGGUCAUCGUACCGGCAGAUCCCGAGGUGUGGACACAGGACCACGUGCGUCAGUGGCUGGACUGGGCCAUCAAAGAGUACGUCCUGGAGGAAGUGGACGUCAUGCUCUUCCAAGCGCUGGACGGCAAGGCCCUGUGCAAGUUGACCAAAGAGGACAUGAUGCACCUCACGUCCGCCUACAACGCUGACAUCCUGCUCUCGCAUCUCAAUUACCUCCGGCAGAGUAGUCCCACUUUCUCGUACUCCACGACGACCUCCACCAACACGCCGCCACCGCCGGCACCACCGCAGCCUCGACUUCAGGUCAAAGCUGAAAGCAGUUUUGAUGAGAUUAGCCGCAGGAACAGCUGGACCACAAACAGCAUGACCAUCGUGCCCAAAGGUUCCAGCAUGGAGCACCAACACAGCAGAGUGACAGAACCGGUAUCAAGAAUCGGCCAAGACCCCUAUCAGACAUUAGGGCCCAUAAGCAGCCGGCUAGCAAACCCAGAAGGCCAAGGCGUCCGCUCGUCCAAGAACCGAACAGGCAGGCAAAGUUCGUACAAGCUGCCUGACCUCAGCGCCCAAAGGCCUGUGGGUUCAGGCCAGAUCCAGCUGUGGCAGUUCCUAUUGGAGCUGCUGUCAGACAGCAACAACGCUAACAUCAUCACCUGGGAGGGCACCAACGGCGAGUUCAAAAUGACCGAUCCCGACGAGGUGGCCAAGCGUUGGGGCGAGCGCAAGAGCAAGCCCAACAUGAACUACGACAAGCUGAGCCGCGCCCUGCGCUACUACUACGACAAGAACAUCAUGACCAAGGUGCACGGCAAGCGCUACGCCUACAAGUUUGACUUCCAGGGCAUCUCGCAGACGCACCAGAGCCACCAGGCAGCCGACGGCGGCGGCAUGGUCAAAUACCAGACAGAGAUGUCCUACGUGCAGCCUUAUCACAGCCACCAGCCCAAAAUGAACUUCAUGACGGGUCACCCACCGCCCAUGCCUGUCUCGCCCGGGAACUUUUUCAGCCCACCGUCCACGUACUGGAACUCGCCCAGCAGCCCCAUCUACCCCGGGGGGGCCAUGAACAGACAUCCGGCCACCCAUUCCCACCUGAGCUCAUACUACUGAGCACAAACACACCCAAAGGAGGAAGAUUUUUUUUUCUUUCAAAAAGGGCAUUAUACUGAAGUUUGGACGGACACAAGAGACGAAUGGAUGGUUGUAUACUCGUCGUGGGAUAUUAUGAAUAUACUGAUGACACGCUGUAUUUACUGUAUUCAGUUGUUAUGGAACCAAGUUUCUCUUCCCCUUGUACGGCGGACAGAAAAAGCUACACACCCGUUCAAAUGACAGAUCAUUAAAUUAAAAACUUUUUCCACUAUUGUGACAUAUAAUAUGUAUAACUUAAGAUUUUUUUUUUUUACUUUUUAGAAAGUGGAGUAAAAAUAAACAAUGGAUAAAAUGUAUCCCUUAAAACUUCUACGUGAAGGAGUUCAGAGUUAAUCACAUAGAAAAUGAUUACAUAGAAGUCAGAACAAACCUGCCACCAUUUUAAGUGCUUCCAAUUAACAUCAAAUGAAUUUUAGCUGUUCGAGUAGGAUUUCCCAGACUUUUACUUUCCUUCAAGUGGAGAAAAUGAAGGGCUUUUGCUAACACUGACUGCAAGGUUGAACUUUAUGGCCAUCACUACCAAAAGAACACCAUACCUUCAAUGAAGCAUAAUGGUGACAUCAUCAUGCUUUGGGGCUGUUUUUCUUAACCUGAAACGGCGGCCUUGGACAAGGUGGAAGGAAUUAUGAACAGUUCAAAACAGCAGCUAAUGUUCGCACAAAACAUUCACCUUUCUGCUACAAAGCAAAAUGAAUGAUGACUACAACAACUAUUUGAGGUUUAUCAGAGGCACUUUAAAUUGUGGCAGUUGUGCACUGACUCCCAUUUAAUAUGAGCUUGAACAUGAAUGGUUAAUUUUGAACACAGCCACUUCCAA